AUGAGGAACAGCACCACUGUCACUGAGUUUGUCCUGCUGGGCCUGUCAGGGGCCUGUGAGCUGCAGAUGCUCAUCUUCCUGGGCUUCCUCCUCACCUACCUCCUCACUCUGCUGGGGAACCUCCUCAUCGUGGUCAUCACCCUCCUGGACACACGCCUCCACACAGCCAUGUACUACUUCCUCCGCAACUUUGCUGUCCUGGAGAUCUGGUUCACCUCUGUCAUUUUCCCCAAGAUGCUCACCAAUAUCCUGACAGGAGAAAAGACUAUCUCCCGAGAAGCCUGUUUUCUCCAGGCUUUCUUUUAUUUCUUUCUGGGCACCACAGAGUUCCUCCUUCUGGCUGUGAUGUCUUUUGACAGGUAUGUGGCUAUCUGUAACCCCUUACGUUAUGCCACCAUCAUGAACAAAAGGGUCUGUGUGCAGUUGGUCCUUUGUUCAUGGGUGACAGGAUUCCUUCUCAUCAUUGUUCCAAGUUUAAUCACAUUUCAGCAGCCAUUCUGUGGCCCUAAUAUCAUUAAUCAUUUCUUCUGUGACAACUUCCCACUCCUGGAACUCAUCUGUGCAGACACAAGUCUGAUAGAGAUUCUGGGCUUUAUUGUGGCCAACUUCAGCUUACUGGGAACUCUGUCUGUGACGGCCACCUGCUAUGGCCACAUCCUCCACACCAUCCUACGCAUCCCCUCAGCCAAGGAGCGACAGAAAGCCUUCUCAACCUGCUCCUCUCACAUCAUUGUUGUGUCUCUAUUCUAUGGCAGCUGUAUCUUCAUGUAUGUCCGAUCAGGUAAGGGCAGCCAGGGGGAGGACAGAAGCAAGGUGGUGGCCCUGCUCAACACUGUGGUGACUCCAAUGCUCAAUCCUUUCAUCUACACUCUGAGGAACAAACAGGUAAAGCAGGUGUUUAGGGAGCAGGUGAGCAAACUCCUCUCAUAA